AGAAAAUACAAUCCAGAAUGUACAAUUGGACUACUGAUAUAAAUGCAUACACUUUCUACCCUUGCUGGAUAAUCAAAACAAAAUAUCAGUAAUACAUAUUACAGCAUGAGGCAAUAUAACUGAACCCAAAUUGAAGUUGAACAUUUUCAGCUUGUUGGAGGAUAUAAGUGGGUUCCAUUUCAUCAUCAGCAUUCGCCUCAAAACUGUUCCAGGAAAAGACACACACACAAAAUGGGGACAGGAAAAAAAAAACAUACCCUGUCAUGUUUCUUGGCAGCGGUUGUCAUCAUGCUUCAGAGGCACCUGCUGUGGGAAAAUGUGCCAUAUCCGCGAUAAGACCAACAAAAGCCGCUCGUCAGCUGAAUACAUACUCAAGUGGAAUCCGAAAAGAAAAGAAAAGAUGGGAAGGACAUUUUCGGAUCCAUCCCCAGUCUAUAUCGAUAAGACAAAAUGAAGCUUUCGGCGAAGAAUUGUGUGCUGUUAUUUUUCGCGAUAUUUGCCCCCAUUUUGCACCUUUCUUCCGGCACCAAGAUUAAGUGGAAGCAGAUUCGAACCCAAGAGGUGAAGAAGAAUGAGGCAGCCGGGAUCAUCAGGUUGCCCAGACACGUGAUCCCCAGUCAUUACGACCUGGUUGUGGUUCCUUGGCUGGAUGACGAUUCCUUCAUGUUUUCCGGGGCUGUGGACAUCACUUUGACGUGUGUGGACGUGGACUUGGUCGGAACGCCGUGUUCCAACAUCACUGUGCACUCCAAGAAUAUAGAUAUCCUGGACGUGUCCGUCAGGAGAGUGUCCGAUGGCAGCGACAUCCCCAUUGAACCAAAUGUGGACUAUGACCCGUAUGCUGAGUGGUCGACUGUGUUCCUCUCAAAUCCUCUCAUAGUUGGAGAAAGUGCCAAUUUGGUCAUCACAUUCAGCGGAGUCAUGUCCACUGAAAUUGCGGGACUUUUCUACAGGAGCUACGACAGCGCUGGAACCAAAAAG